AUGUUUAGAAAGAUCCAUUCAAUAUUUCACCCCAACUCCCAUAGAAGGAAUCUGAUUGAUGACAUCCCAUGUUAUGAUGGCACUAGCUCUGCUGUGAGGCUGAUCCGCAGCACUUCAAUGUACGUUCUUGGAGAGGAGCAGCAGAAACUGAGUGAAUCCUUGAAAAAAUGUAAAAGUACAGCCAGCAUAGACUCAUAUGUUUGCUUUGAGCAGAAAGAGGAAGACAGGGCCUGGAUGUACUCUAAGACCCAAGACUGCUUAAAAUACUUACAGGACCUCUUAGCCCUGAGGAAAAAAUACCUUGCCAGCAUCAAUGACUUGAAGUCUAUGAAUGCAACAAAUAAAAUUUCUCCUGUGUCUACAAAAUCCUCCAAAACAGGGAAAAACCCACCACCACCUUCUUCCAAACAAUCUUCUAAGAUAUCACUGGAAGGAAAAGUCCCACAGCCCAAUUCAGAUGUAAAAGAAGCAAUAGCUUACUUCGACUCGAUUAUUGCAGAACUGGAUACAGAGAGACGGCGGAAAAUUCCUGCAACAAACCUCCCAAACGUGGAUGUUGACUUUGAUGGUGAAUUGCUACCAGCACUAGCGAACACAGUUUACAUUCAAACUGGAUUCUUCGUGCUCGGAGACAUUCACAGGAUACCUCACAAACAGCAAAAGGAACAAACCAGGCUCAAACAAACAUAUGGUUUUAUCAAUACCUGCCUGAAAUCUCUUGUUAUAGAGAAAUUUGGAGACAAGACCUGGGAAAAACUCAAAACACAGGCAGGGAUCCAAGACACCUUCAUGACUUAUACAGUGUAUGAUGAUGUUAUCACCUUCAAGCUGAUCCAAGAAGCCUGCAAAACACUAAGCGUGUCAGAAGCAACAGUGCUGAAGCUUUUUGGAGAACAUUUCUUCACUUUCUGUAAGAUGUCAGGGUAUGACCGAAUGCUACAGACUCUAGGAGGGAAUCUAACUGAAUUUAUUGAGAAUCUAGAUGCUCUUCAUAGUUACCUUGCAUUGUCUUACCAGGAAAUGAAUGCGCCAUCCUUUCGUGUGGAGAAGAGGACAGAUGGGGCAAUGUUACUUCACUACUAUUCUGACAGGAGGGGCCUGUGUCAUAUUGUACCAGGUAUCUUAGAGUCUGUUGCCAGAGAUUUCUUCAACAGUGAAGUGACAAUGGAAAUUCUUAAUCAAAGUGAAGACAGGGAGCGCACUGGGAAAAAGGAGCAUGUGGUCUUUCUUGUUCUGCAGAAGCUUAAAAGACCAGAGAGAAAGACAAGAGAAGAAACAAAUAUGGAAAGUGGCAACUCACCUAACAGUAACAAGACGGCUUUCUUCUCUGAGGCACAAGAUGUAGUCUUUCAGCAAAUGAAGAACUGCUCUGCUUUGUCAUGUCACCUUAAAAAGAAAUCCCCCUGGGACAUUGUGCGAAGUGUUGUGAAAUUUAGGAAAGGAAACCUGUUAUCAACUUUUGAACCCAUUUAUCCACAGAGGCUUUGGGUAGAAGAGAGAACAUUCUGCAAUGCUUUUCCUUUCCACAUUGUGUUUGAUGAAGCACUACGGAUCAAGCAGGCAGGUACAAAUAUUCAAAAGUAUGUACCAGGCCUACAGAUAUCAGGGACCCGAUUAAACAAGCACUUCACCAUAGUCCAUCCACAAAUUACUUUCACCAUUGUCAGCAUCAGGAAGUUUAUCAACAGCCAGUUUGUCCUCAAGGCAUGCAGAGAAAUGUUGCCUGAACUAUGGAGAAACCAGACCAGCCUGAAACUCAGAGGACAAAUGAUCUGGAUGGAGUCCUUGCAGUGCAUGAUGUACCUGUGUUCACCCAAGCUCCGCAGUUUAGAAGAGCUGGAGGAACAAAAAAUGCACCUUUCUGAUAUUGCACAGCAUGACACAACUAGGGACCUCAUUCUACUGAACCAGCAGCGCCUGGCAGAGAUAGAGCUGUCCAACCAGCUGGAGAGAAAGAAGGAAGAGCUCAGGAUCCUUUCAAAAAACUUAGAGGCUGAAAAGAAGAAAACAGAAACCUUGCUAUACGCCAUGCUGCCGAAACACGUGGCCAAUCGGCUCAAGGAGGGUAAAAAGGUGGAGGCAGGGGAAUUUAAUUCAUGCACAGUACUCUUCAGUGAUGUAGUGACUUUUACAAAUAUCUGUGCUGCCUGUGAGCCCAUUCAAAUAGUGAACAUGCUGAAUUCAAUGUAUUCAAAGUUUGAUCGAUUAACCAAUGUUCAUGAGGUUUAUAAGGUUGAAACAAUAGGCGAUGCAUACAUGGUGGUUGGAGGAGUCCCCAUACCUGUUGCCAGUCAUGCAGAAAGAGUGGCCAAUUUUGCCCUAGGUAUGCAAAUUGCUGCCAGAGAAGUCAUGAAUCCAGUCACUGGAGAUCCUAUUCAGAUCAGAGUCGGGAUCCACACAGGACCUGUAUUAGCUGGCGUAGUUGGUGAAAAGAUGCCCAGGUACUGCUUGUUUGGAGAUACUGUCAACACAGCUUCUCGCAUGGAAAGUCAUGGACUUCCUAAUAAAAUCCACCUCAGUCCAACAGCAUUCAGAGCUCUGCAGAACUGUGGGUUCGAAAUAGCUGAAAGGGGAGAAAUUGAGGUAAAAGGCAAAGGAAAAAUGAACACCUAUUUUCUAAGGAGGAACCUGAAUGCAACUGAGGAUGAAAUCAUGGGAAGAGCAGAAGAGCAGCACUUCCAGCCCACGGAUCUGAAUGAUGCACUUGCUCUGGGAAACCAAGGCAGCAGGAGUGAUGCUGUUAUGAAGUACGCUGACAGUGAGCAGCUGCAAACCGCAAGCAGCAAUGCAGAUGGCGAGUACAUCAAGGAGGCUGAAAGCAACGCGCUUAAUGCAGAGCAUUCAAAGCGGGAAGAUGAGCAGCUGCUUGCUGAUCAGACAAGGACACCGCCCUUCAGCGAUGGCACUGUACAGUCUAAGUUUUGUGUUUUGUCAUGAUAAAAGGCAAAUGAGGAACAAUGGCAUUCAGCACUUUGUUAUAAACCAUUUCAAUGAAAAAGAUGAGGUUUCAUUCCUGAUGUAAAACAAAAACAAUGCUGAGUAAUAAAAAAAGAUGAACAGUAA